AUGAAAAGUUCAGCAGGGUCUCUGGAGGAGAGGGGAGAGACUGAGCUACAUGUGGACCUAAACGUGUGGAUCUAUAAGUCACUGAAGAGGAGCGGAACCAUGUGGCUUCUCUGCUCUACACUGAUGCUCCUGGCGAUCAGUGUUGGAUUAUGUGACCCAUCGACAGAAACAAAAGAUGAACUGUGCCCGUCCGUGCAAGUGGAUGAGUGGAAGUUUCCCCAAGCGGCCAGGCAAAAUAUCACAGGUUUUAAUCUGGUGCGGCGCUUCUCCCUCCUCAAAAGUCAAGAUGUAAAGAAGAUCCGCAAUCCAAAGGGACCAGUCACCCUGCGCCUGGGAAAGACUGCCCUCGUCCGCCCCACUGAUCAGGUCUUCCCUCGUGGCCUUCCUGAUGACUUCACUCUAAUCUUCACCCUGGCUCUAAAGAAGAGUGCCCUGCGGGACGCCAUCUACCUCUUGCAGAUUUCAGAUGAGCAGGGAUACCCACAGCUCUCUGUGGAGCUCAAUAGUCCCGAGGCGACCCUGUCAGUGAGGGCCGUGGGAGCAGAGCCUUCCUCUGAGCUGGUGAGCUGUGACUUCAGUGGGGAAGGGGUCAAGUCUCUCCUGGACCUGCGCUGGCACAAGGUGGCGCUGAGUGUGGGAGCGACCUCGGCCUCGCUGCAUGUGGACUGCACCUCUGUAGAGACCGUGGACCUGGCGCCCCGCGGACCUGUGUCCACUCAGGGACACACUCUGCUGGGGGUGCGUGCUGUGGACGCCAGCUCCACACAGAUGGAUAUUCAACAGGUGAUGCUGUACUGUGAUCCAGCACUGGCCCGUGAAGAAGCCUGCUGUGAAAUCCCUGGAGCUAGGUGUCCACCAGAAGCCUCCAAGAGCCGCCGCGCUGCUGAGAAUGACUUACUGGAAAAUACCUUCAGUCAGGACAUUUUUGGCUCUAGAGAUGCUGGACAGAAGGUAGUAAAUCUUGGUGAAGUCACUGGCUUUAAAGGAGAAAAAGGGGAGAGGGGUGAUGACUGCUCUGGCACACAUUCAGGUCCUUGUGCCGCGGGACCCAAGGGCCCGAAAGGAGACAAAGGCGAACCGGCAGGUCCUCGUAACUGGGGAGAAGCACUUUUGUACAAGGGUGAAAAAGGUCAGAAGGGAGAGCUCGGCCCACAGGGCCUCACAGGAACUCCAGGGAAAGAUGGACGAACAGGUUCGGUUUGUGUAGUGGGACCGAAAGGACAGAAGGGCACACCGGGCAAAGUGGGACCUGAAGGAUUAGCAGGACUCCCAGGACUCCCGGGCCUCCCGGGCGAGGGCAAACCUGGACCCCCGGGCCCUCCUGGUAUUGCAAAAGGCAUCAAGGGAGAUUCUGGAACACCAGGACUUGAUGGAAUUCCAGGAGAUCCAGGUCCUAGAGGUCCUGGUGGUGUUAAAGGGGAGAAGGGGGAUCCGUGUGAGGUGUGCCCGGUGCUGCCCACAGACCUCACUAACACCAUAGCUCUUCAGGGAAAACCUGGAUCAAAGGGUGAACCGGGGGUGCCAGGCGUGGGAGAGAGAGGGCCUAUUGGGCCUCAAGGAGUGGAAGGCAAAACAGGACAGAAGGGAGAAUCAGGCUCUGACGGUUCCAAAGGUGCAAAGGGUGAACCAUGUUCUUCUUGCCCCACUCUGGGUCAGUUACCUGCCAAUCUGCUCCCUGGAAUUAUGAGCCAGUCUCUGAAAGGAGAGAAGGGGGAACAGGGAACAGGCCCAAAAGGCGAGCAAGGCGAGGCCGGUGCUGUGGGCUUACCAGGACCUAGAGGAGAAAAGGGCAGUGCAGGCAGUAAUGGAGUUGAUGGAAAGUCGGGAAAGCCUGGACCACGGGGGUUAAGUGGUAAAGAUGGACAAAAAGGAGCAAGGGGCGAUCAAGGACUCCCAGGUGUUGGACUUCCAGGUGCUAAAGGAGAAAAAGGCGAGUGUGGCCUUUGUCAGCCAUCUGAGGUUGGAAGUGGGCACCACAAUAUCACCCUGCAUGCAAGAGCCGGUGAACCAGGCCCCCCAGGGCCAGCCGGGCCUCCUGGCUUUGGAGCCGAUGGCAAACAGGGCCCACCAGGUGUGAUGGGUGCCAAAGGUGAAAAGGGAGUAAAAGGAGAACAGGGGGAUAAAGGCAUUAGUGGUGCCCCUGGAAUCCCUGGUCUGCCAGGAGAGUCCGGACAAGAUGGCCAAAGAGGCUUUAAAGGCGAGAAGGGUGAUGCUUGCACCACCUGCCUACCGGUGGGUGCCUCAGGAGGUGAGAGUGUAUAUAUCCCUGGUCCCAAAGGGGAGAGAGGAGAGCCCGGCUUACCGGGACAAGGCAAACCAGGCAAAAAUGGGUCACCAGGCGCGGCAGGUGUUCAAGGCCCUUCUGGUAUUAAAGGAGCCAUGGGAGAACCUGGUCUCGCUGCAACUGGUCUUCCAGGGCUUCAGGGUGUAGAGGGACCAAGAGGGUUGCCUGGACCUGUUGGACCCCAAGGAGAGAGAGGAUAUCCUGGUUUUGUGGGAGAGAAGGGAUACAAAGGUGAUGUUGGACUUCCUGGACAACCAGGACCUGUGGGGCCUGCUGUCGAGGGACCUCCGGGUAAAGAUGGAAAACCUGGUUUUAAUGGGUUGCCAGGAGCAGAAGGAAAGCCAGGACAAGACGGAGCUAAGGGGGACAAGGGUGAACCUGGAGAGUGCAACUGCAUCCCCCCCUCAUACACGGUUGUGGGCGGACCAGGAGCUCCAGGAACUGCAGUAAACUCGUGGCAAUCUGGCCCAGAGGGCCCUCCUGGACCCCCUGGUCCACCAGGACCCCCAGGAGCCCAAGGAGUAACAGGAAUCCAAGGCCCGCAGGGUAUCCCUGGAAACGACGGGAUACCGGGGAAUCCGGGUUUGCCUGGAAAGAUCAUCACUGUUGGAUUAGAAAAGCUGCCUCAAGACGCUGCAAACACAGAUGGCUUGCCAGGGGUCCCGGGUAUGGCAGGUGCCAAAGGAGAGAAAGGAGAUGAGGGCAAACCAGGGGUAACUCCACUGGACAACUGUGAUAGGUGUUUGGAUAAACUGCAGAAGAUGCAGGCAACCCAAGCGAAUGACCAGUCCUACAUGGGACCACCUGGAAUCCCAGGAGUACCAGGAUCACCUGGAACAAGGGGGGAGCCGGGUAUACCAGGAGACAGAGGCUCUACUGGGUUACCAGGGAAUAUGGGCCCCCCUGGAUUCCCUGGUCUCCAAGGUCCGUCCGGCUCACCCGGUCAGAGAGGAGAGCAGGGGUCACCCGGACUACAAGGAUUAAAAGGAGAGCAAGGCCCUGCAGGAACCUCUGGGUAUCCGGGAGCUAUGGGAACACCAGGACUGCCGGGACUUAAAGGUGAACGUGGAAGUCCAGGCAGUGCAGGCAGUAAUGGAGAAGCAGGUUCUCCAGGCAGCCCAGGAUCCCCUGGGUCCGCUGGUGCUCCGGGCAUUAAGGGAGAUACAGGACCAGCUGGGCCUGAAGGACCCAAAGGUGACCAGGGAUUCCAAGGACCACCAGGUUUUCCUGGACCUCCCGGCGGACCAGGACCUGCCGGUAAAACUGGAAGAGAAGGGUCACCGGGACUAAAGGGUGAAAAGGGAAACGAUGGCCUUCAGGGAUCUCAAGGGGCCACCGGACCACCGGGAUCUCCUGGCUCUCCAGGGCUCAUGGGUCCUCCAGGUAUGGAAGGGGUUGAUGGAAAAGAUGGAAAACCAGGGCAACUAGGUGUACCAGGGCCUGCUGGCCCAGUGGGGCCUCGCGGGAUCCCGGGAUUCAAGGGAAUCAAGGGUCAUGCGGGCUUCCCAGGAGCAAAGGGGGAAAUUGGCCCCUCUGGUCUUCCUGGUCCACCAGGUCGUCCUGGUCAUGAGGGUGACCCCGGCACUCCAGGACUACAAGGCCGACCUGGACCUGCAGGACAUGCUGGUCCCACAGGUCCAGCAGGGCCCCCUGGUCCCCCAGGUCCAACUGGAGUGGGUACAAAGGGAGACAAAGGUCAGGCUGGUGAGAGAGGUUUGCCAGGCAUGUUAGGGCCUCCUGGAACUCCAGGACACCAAGGACCAAUGGGUGAACCCGGCAGUGAUGGAGCUGCUGGUAAAGAUGGAGCAGCGGGCACGCCAGGGGACACUGGACUACCAGGUCAAAAGGGUGAACCAGGGGGCCCUGGUCAGAGAGGUGCACCUGGUGAAAGAGGACGCCCUGGGCCUCCAGGCGGUGGAGGCUACCACAGCAAAGAUGCACAGCCCAUGAUGGGGCCAGCUGGUCCCAGGGGGGAGAGGGGAAGCCCUGGGACAGAGGGUCUCCCUGGAUCUCCUGGGUCACCGGGGACACCAGGAAAUGAUGCUGCGGUAAACUAUGACGAAAUCAAGAACUUCAUACGGCAGCAAGUUAUUAAGAUAUUCGAUGAGAGAAUGGCCUACUAUAUGUCCCGGAUGCAGAUGCCAGAAACGGUGGCUUCUCCAGGGCGUCCUGGGCCUCCUGGUAAAGAUGGCAUCCCUGGCAGUCCAGGGGCCCCAGGAUCCCCUGGCAUGCCCGGACACAUGGGCAGACAGGGCCGGUCUGGCGGACAAGGACCAGCUGGACCACGAGGACCACCAGGAGAAAAAGGAGAUAAAGGAAUUGGUGAAAUGGGAGAUGUAGGACCUCCUGGUGCACCAGGUAUGCCAGGACCUCAAGGUUAUGGAAAGAUGGGACCACCAGGACCCGUUGGUCAACAGGGUGUUCCUGGGAUUCCAGGCCCUCCUGGAGGGCCAGGCUCAAAGGGGAAGGAUGGACGGUGUAAUCCAGGGGACUGUAUGAGUCAUCAAGUGGAGUACAGUCCUAAAGGGCCAGUGAAGGGCCCCUGGUAG